GCUGGUUUCCUGGCUGUUUCGCCAAGUCCCAGGAAGCAUUUUAAAGAUGGGGAAGAAAGGGAUAAAAAUAUCCCUGUUAUGUAAAACAGGCAUUUACAAAAUCGACUCAGGAGACGAAACAUUCCCAUGCACUUACUUUUAAUGCCGUACAGUGGGAACGGAUAUUUAACAGCCAGUGCAGCUCGGGGAACUUGACAGUGCACGUGGCUGUGUAAACUACAGACUUCAUGCCAGCUUAUCGGCUCAUCUGAAAGGAAUGCAACAAGGAAAGAUUAGCGAUAAGUAAACUGGAUAUUUAAAGUGUUGCCAGUUUUAAUCUACCAUUGUAUUAGCAGCAGAGGAAAAGAAAAUGACUUCUGCUGAGAUGCUACCAACGAGUACCAACAAUGAGAAAAUCAAAUCUGUUAAACUGCCUUCCUGUGCAAAUCCUGGCAAUCCUGUGUUUUCUUGUAUGUUGGACCCAAAGAUACUCAUCACCAAUAAUUUCUUGACAAAGCCUCAGCUUUUACUGUUUAAAACAACUUCGAGUGAAUAUGGUGCUAUACCACCUACGUCUCAAAUGGUACCAUGUACCUACCAUCCAAAGGAUGAAACAUUUACAAAACAUUUGUUAAUUUGUGGUUUGACUCAACAUAAUUAUAUAAACACUGCCAUUGACAGAAGUAGGGUAUAUGACUACCCAAAUAUGCAGCAUACUCUGUAAAAUUGUACUCUCUUACUUUUCUGAUGUAUUUACUGAAAGAACUAGCCAUUUUACCUUUGGGGAAGCAAAAAGCAGGCUUGUUAUUUUUGUUGUCCAUUUUUGGAGUAAAGCGUCAAUACAUAUUACAGUAAAACACUUAUUUACUACAAGGA